AGAGCUGCAUCACUUCCCGCCGCGUCCGUCCCAGCACGCACAUAUUCUUCCAGUGCAGGCGGAGCGGUGCAAACACUCCCCGACCCCGACCGGCCAGACCUGUUCUACCACCUCUUCCCCGCACCCACCAGUAUAUCCGCCUCUGCCCCCGUCUUUGCGCUCUCGUACCUUCCGGAGUCCCCUCCAUCUGUUCUGUCUUGCGCGGUUAUUGGGUGGCUACCUGCGGCCGGGUCCGGAGAUGAGGCCGGGCUAAAUGACUUUGUCGAGAACGAACGGUUCCGCGAGGUCCUGCACGGCGCGGUACAGUCUGCGCUCCGAGACGGCGCAGACGAGGUGCAGAAGAACGGCGCGAUCCAGACGCGGGAGGGCUGGAUGCAUAUCCAUGGUACCCGUAAUUUGCCCGCGCUAGGACGCAUCGGUGACCCGGACGACAUCAUCGCGUCUGUGCGCGUCGAGGACGGCGAAAUUCUGGCCGAUACGUACCAACCAAUGCCGUCAUAUCGUCUCUGCACAGCCGACGGCGUUUUACAACUCACCGACGGCCUCAUGGCGCGCCUAGUGGAGACGCUGCAGGCAAAA